AUGAAAAAAACUAGUACAAGAAAAGCAUGGAUUCUUGGAACUCAGCAUUGUGGGUUUCUUGAGUUCUGCAAGCAAAAAAUGAGGCAGGCACAGGAAAGUUCCCUUUCUUUUUCUACAAAAUUAGUUGCACUUGCACCUGUUAUUUCUUCCAUAACAGUGCUCAAUGGAAGUUUCUUUAUGACCGAACAUAUGGACGAUAUAUCCACGCGCAUAUGUAUGAUGGCCAACAUGAAGCAGCAAAAUAUGCAUCCAAAUAUGUAUGAUGGUCAACGUGGAUCUGAGAGAUUAAGAUGCAGCGAGAGGCUUCUUUCUGCAAAAGAUUCUUUUAAGAAGGCUCGAAUUGGCUCAGAGUCAUUAUCGUCUGAUUCUCGGAGUUCAGAGUAUCCUGCUGAUAAACAUUCUGAUUCGAUGGUGUAUUCUGUUGCUUUAUGGGGCAACUAUCAAUGUCGGAAACGAAUUCCUCUGGGCCCUCUAUUUCAAGCUAAUAUACCAGAAUUCACUGGGAAGACUAAUGAAAUUGAUUCCACGUGGUUAGGUACCCGAAUUUGGCCUUUGGAAAAAUGUGAAAAUAAGGGAGUACUAAUUGAAAGGGACCGUAUUGGAAAAGGAAGACAAGAUUCCUGUGGCUGCGAGUUUCCUGGAUCUGUCGAAUGUGUCAAGUUUCACGUUUCUCAGAAAAGCUCAAGACUGAAGCUCGAGUUAUGCUCAGCUUUUGAGGGAUGGAAAUUUGAUAGUAUGGGUGAGAAAGUUGCGAUUUGUUGGACGAAAGAAGAACAAAACAGAUUUCAAGACAUGUUGAAGUUGAACCCGCUUUCGCAGGACAAAUAUUUCUGGGACGAACUUUUAAAGCUUUUGCCUAGAAAAGACAAGGAAGCUUUGUUAAGCUACUACUUCAAUGUUUUCCUUCUCCGGCGUCGAGGUUACCAAAACAGGAUCUCCCCAAGUAAUGUUGACAGUGAUGAAGAGGAAUCGGAGUUUGGCCAGCUAGCGGCUAAAUCUCCCGGGUCCAUCUUCUGUUCCCCUAGAAAGUCACUUCAAAGAG